AUGUCAUUCUUAUUCGGAAGUGGUAAUCGAGAUGGUGCAAAUAUCGAUCCUGCAAAGAUGGAGAUAGCAACAGCAGAGUUGGAUAUGAUUACUGAUGUUUUCAACCGUCUCGUAAACUCUUGUCACGCGAAAUGUAUCGCUCCAGGAAACUCUACACGUUAUGCAGAAGGUGAAUUAUUAAAAGGUGAAGCUGUUUGUAUUGAUAGAUGUACUGCAAAGUUUUUUGCGGUGAACAAACUGGUCAGCGAGAGGAUGCAAACUAUGGGAGGAACGGCACAAGUAACAGGUUCUUUCGGAAGAUGA